AUGACAAAUGAAUAUUGUCGGCAUUUGCUACCUCGAGAAAUCGCCAAAACGGAAAAAGUUAUGAAGUCCUCGUUUUGUCCGAAACAUUGCGAGUGCACGCUUGGAAACGAUAAAACUAAGACGAAGUUAUCAGGUUCUAAGGAGGAAAGUUAUGGCGCUGUGGAGUCUCUACUUGCUGCUUGUGAUCCCUGCAGUGGCUGCAUUCCUUAUAUCGUCAAAAAGAAAGAGUGGCUCCGUGCAAACACCACCAGAUUUGGGGACAUUUUUUCGGCUCACUUGUUCGGACGUCAAAGUAUUGUUAUCAGUACUCCCGAAGCUGUAAAGUUUUUCCUCACAAAUCCUGGAGCAAGGAAUUGUUGCUCCCCUUCAAACUCGGGCUUCUUGAUUGUCGGAAAAGAAAGUGUGGGACAUGUGGAAGGAGCAACACAUGCAAGAUAUCACCGAGCAAUACUGAGCUCCAUGAGUGGUGAUCCUCUCAAUAAUCAUGUCCAAAGGUUUGACAAGAUUGCUAUGGACUUAUUGACUUCUUGGCAACGGAAGGGAUGUGUUACCGUUUUGGAAGAAACACUACAGUUAACUUUCGACGUUGUCACCGCGUUUAUUUGUGAUGACCCGCGGAUUUUUCAAACCAAAACGGGAGAUUUCAUGCACGAUGUAACUGUGGCUUCUAGAGGCUUGUUUAAGCUUCCCAUAAAUCUCCCGUUUACUGAUUACCAUCGAGCGCUUCAGGCUCGGAAACGUCUUCACUAUCACCUUGAUCGAUUGAUAAACGAGAGGAGGAUUUCCAAGAUCACGCAUGACGACCUCUUGCAUAAGCUCAUGAAUGACAAGGACCUCAACUCAACAAACCAGCAGAUCGAGGACAAUAUUGUUGGUUUGCUCUUUGCAGGGCAGCACACUACUCCUCUCACGCUCGUGUGGAUGAUGAAACGCUUGCAAGAAAAUCCCGAAAUCUUGAAGGAAGUUGUGGAAGAACACCAGAAAAUUCUUCGAGAAAGAGAGCAACCUCACUUGACAUGGGAGGAUACAAGAAGAAUGCCAGUGACUAUGCGUGUUCUUCAGGAGACUCUAAGAUUGGCAAGUGGAGGAAUGCUGGUCAGAGAGAUGAAACACGCUGUCGAGUACAAUGGCUAUGUGUUUCCAAAGGGAUGGACGCUUCACAUUUUCCACACUGCCAUCCACCUGAACGAAGAUUAUUUCGCUGAUCCUUAUAAAUUUGACCCCUCCAGAUUCCUCGUUCCACAAAAACCGGGAACUCUCAUUGGAUUUGGAUGCGGUUUGCGAACUUGUCCUGGUGCCGAGCUUGCUAAACUGGAAAUCCUCGUUUUCUUUCACAGGCUAGUAACACAGUACAGCUGGAAGCCGAAAGCUCCAAACGGGGCAAUAAGAAACUGGCCACUGCGAAUCCCAGAAGACGGAUACGUUGUGGAAAUCAACCGCAAAUGA